GCCGAGAUCCUGAGGUAAUUUUUCCCCUCACACACAGCAGAGACUCUUUUUUGAACAGGACACAAAUAUAUAUUAGAUUAUAGAGAUGUAUUAAAUUAUUCCAGAUUUAAAUCUAUUUUUUUGCUGCCAAGGAGUAGGGGGGACCAGACAUUAUCGUGUAUAUAUAUAUAUUUUUUUUUUCCUCUUAACUCAUUUUAUGGGUGAGUCAAGGCUGCUGAGGAGGAAAGAAACAGCGUAGUUAAAAUCCCUUUAUCCUUAUCCACGGAAGGUUUUUUUUUUUUUUUUUUUUCCUCUCAUUACCGUGCAUUUCCUUUUGAAAAAGGAAACCUCUUAUUUUGUGAACCAAAGAUUUAUUUUUCCCUUCCUCCUGGCCAAAGGAAGGAAACAGAUAAAUUGACACACUUAAAUAGUCAAAGAGAUUAUCUUUUACAGAAAAAAAAAUCUAUAUCUGAAUCUAAAAUAGUGUGGAGGGAGAAACUGGAAUAUCUAGCUAAAACCGGGAUACUUACUAAUCUCUCCUCAGAAGAGGAAGAGGUAAACACUAAACAUCAACUUGUUCUUACAAGGAGGAUUCAAACCCUAAAUAUAAUAAAUGGGGGAUUACGGGUUUGGAGUGUUAGUGCAAAACAACACUGGAAACAAGUCAGCUUUUCCAGUCAGAUUUCAUCCACAUCUGCAGCCUCCGCACCAUCAUCAAAAUGCAACCCCCAGCCCUGCUGCUUUUAUAAAUAAUAACACAGCUGCCAAUGGCAGUAGUGCUGGGUCAGCUUGGCUCUUUCCUGCUCCAGCUGCCCAUAAUAUUCAGGAUGAGAUUCUGGGGUCAGAAAAAUCUAAAGCUCAGCAACAGGAAAAGCAAGAGUCCCUAGAAAAACAGCAGCUUUCCCCUAGUCAAAGUCAGGAAGCAGGCAUGCUGUCAGAACCUGAGAAAGCUAAAAGCGAAGAAAAUCAGGGCGAUAACUCUUCGGAGAACGGCAGUGGGAAGGAGAAAAUAAGAAUAGAGUCGCCGGUGUUAACAGCGUUUGAUUAUCAAGAGGCUUCAGGGCUAGGUACUUCGACGCAGCCCUUGACGUCCACUGCAUCUUCCCUGACUGGUUUCAGCAACUGGUCUGCGGCUAUUGCUCCUUCUUCUUCUACAAUAAUCAAUGAAGAUGCAAGCUUUUUUCACCAGGGAGGGGUCCCUGCUGCCUCGGCUAAUAAUGGUGCUCUGCUAUUUCAGAAUUUUCCACAUCACGUCAGCCCUGGCUUUGGUGGUAGCUUUUCCCCCCAGAUUGGACCCCUCUCUCAACACCACCCUCAUCACCCCCAUUUUCAGCAUCACCACAAUCAGCAUCAGCAACAGAGAAGGUCUCCUGCAAGUCCUCACCCGCCACCAUUUACACAUAGAAAUGCUGCUUUUAAUCAAUUGCCUCAUCUGGCUAAUAAUCUUAACAAGCCACCUUCUCCAUGGAGCAGCUACCAAAGCCCAUCGCCUACACCAUCUUCAUGGAGCCCAGGUGGUGGCGGAUACGGUGGGUGGGGAGGGUCCCAAGGUCGAGACCACCGCAGGGGACUGAAUGGAGGGAUAACACCCCUGAACUCCAUCUCACCCUUAAAGAAGAAUUUUGCAAGUAAUCAUAUCCAGUUGCAGAAAUAUGCUCGACCCAGCUCUGCCUUUGCUCCAAAAUCUUGGAUGGAAGACAGUUUGAAUAGAGCCGAAAACAUUUUUCCUUUUCAGGAUCGCACAAGGACUUUUGACAUGCAUUCAUUGGAGAACUCGCUAAUUGACAUAAUGAGAGCUGAAAAUGAUUCACUGAAAG